AUGGAUAUGCAAGAAACUCUCGAAUGGGGAAAAACCGAAGGUAUCACUUUUGACCCCAAGAAAUCUGAGCUUAUAUACUUCUAUAAAGGAUAUCGAACACUAACGGAUACCCCUGCAAUACACACCGGAUCUAUGAAUAUAGAGGUCAAACCUGGCCCGCUCAAAUGGCUCGGAGUCCACUUCGAUAGGAAACUAUGCUUCAAACCACAUGUCCAGAUCCUCGCAGCCAAAGCCCUCAAGGGAGCCAACACACUAAGAUCCCUCAGCAAUACACACCGAGGGAUACCCCCAUAUCUCACCAGGAAAGUGGCUGAAGCCUGCAUACUCAAAAAGUGCUAUUUCGCCUCGGAAACGUGGUGGCCAGGCCGAAUCAGAACAAAGAAGAAUGCCCUAAACAACCCGAUCUCGAUCUCAAAUGUAGUGGACAGCCAUCUAAGCUUACUCAACAAAGUGGUAAUCACCUGUACAAAAGCAAUCCUCCCAGUAUACAAAACCACAAACACAACAGUACUCUACGAGGAAGCCAAACUCAGACCAUCCGAGAUCGAGCUAAACCUGAUUUCACAAUUAUAUGCGGCACGAACCACCAGACUAGACCUUUACCAUCCUCUCAGGAUCAGAGCAGAGAACAUAACCAAAGCCAAAGAAUAUAACCGCACCCCAGAUACAAGAUUCGCAAGGCUCAUCACAGCAUUACCGGAGACUGAACACAUAAACCCCUUGGCCUUCCCACCCUGGGAAAUCAGAGAGUCGAGGGCAGAGGCCGAGGCCCGCAUCAAUGGUCCGAUGGGCAGAACGAAGGCACAAGCAGCCGAAGACUUCAAAGCCUUCCACGCCAAGAUCCCAAGAAGCGAUAUACAAAUCUUCUCGGAUGGCUCAAAAAGUGAAAGCAAGGAUGGCGCAACUGGGGGCGGAUUCGUAAUCUCACAAUUCGAUAUUCAGAUAGCACACCAUUCUUUCUCAUUAGGCACAAAUGCAGAAGUGUUCGAUGCAGAAGCCACAGCCGCAGUAGCAGGGGCAGCAAAAGCCCUCACUCUAGCAUCAACCAAACUGGCCACAGAUCUCUGGAUCUUCUUAGACAACCACGAGGCUGCUCUCCGAUUAGGAUCCCACUUCAAUAGUUCCUCAUAG